UCACCACGCAGGCGUCCCGCCCGAAGCACGCGAUGCGCGAGGCCGGUGCUGAACAACAUUGUAAGGUGGCUCGUUUUCGUUGCAAUCUGUGCCCGUAGCUGAGGUGAUGGCCUGAAGGCAUUGAAGGCGAUGCAGUUCCUCAAUGCGAGGUAACUAAUGCUGCAGCAUGGUGGCUUCUGUGGCGCUAGACCAUCACUCGGAGCGGUACGGUAGGUAACAGACGGAGCCCAAUUAUUCCGGCACCGCGAGAUAUGGGCCGUGUUCUCACGCCUACAUAAACACUGGCUUGCUUCAGGUGCUCGAGAAACUGCAGAGUGGAAGAACGCGAUACCGUAGACCACACCACCAUGGCUGCUACUUGGGACAAGAUCCUUCUCUUUGGCGAUUCCAUCACCCAGGACUCGUUCAAUCAGCAGCGAGGAUUCGGCUUCUCAGCGGGUCUGCAACAUGAGUACAUACGUCGAUUGGAUGUCGUCAAUCGCGGUUUCAGUGGCUACACCUCCCGGCAAGCGCUCAAAAUCCUCCCGCACAUUGUUCCAGCGCCAUCUGCAGCCAACAUCCGUCUAUUAGUAGUCUUCCUCGGCGCCAACGAUGCCUCGCGUCCUGAAGCAGAAAACAAGCAGCACGUUCCUCUAGAUGAAUACGUCAGCAACCUCGAGAAGAUCAUCACCCAUCCUUCCGUCACGGCUCACAAACCCAAGGUUGUGCUCGUUGCUCCAGCGCCCAUUGAUGAGCACCUGGUCUGGGCCAACGACCAGACUCAGGGCAGGGCCGCUGUUUCAAGGAAGAAUGUAGAUUUGAAAAAGUAUUCGGAAGCUGCUGCGGGCUUAGGAGAGAAGCUAGGAGUUCCGGUCGUGAACUUGUGGAAAGCGUUCAUGGCGAACACAGGAUGGUCCGAGGGCAAAUGGAAGGAGAGCGAGCCGAUUCUUGGAGCAUUGGAGUUGCCGCAAAAUGAGGAAUUAGUGAGGUUGUUGCAUGAUGGGCUCCAUUUCAACCCGGCAGGGUACCAAAUUCUUCUUGUGGAGUUUCUGAAGGUCAUCAGGGAGAGCUACCCUGAACUAGCACCCGAGAACGUACCCUUGCUUCUCCCGUUGUGGAACGACGCUGAGGGUUGGGCUACAUGGGAUGCUGCGCAUCAAUAAGCCGACAAGGCACUUGAAACAUCAUGUGGAGAUCGUGACUGUGACGCAGAGAAUGUACGUGAUGCUUGGGAUUCUAGAUUAAAUAGAUAAGUAGAUACGCCCGUCAACUUGUGUAUAGUGUCCAGAUACCAACGCAUCUAGUGACGCG